UCAUUUGUAGUAUAGUUUCUGUAGGAUAGUUUUGUCAUUCGUAGCAUAAUGAUCACAUUUGUAGGAUAGUGUUGUCAUUCGUAUUAUAGUGUUGUUCUACAUUGAAUUUGUGGUGUGUUUACAAAACUGAUGUCUUCAUGUUUAAAAGAAUAAACUACUUACUAAUCAGUUCCACGAUGAGUGAUCCAGACACGACUGAAGGGUCGGGGGUCAAAGGUUGGCGCCAUCUCAAGGCCCGCUCCAAGUCUUCGAACAACUUCAGGAACUCUGCGUACUACGAGAGGUUUCUGUUCUUCGAGCAGGCGGCCUGCGGUCACGUGCCGGACCUUGAGACACACCCGUCUCAGCCGAACAGGACCAGACACCUGUCUGAAGACAGGACACACGGCGGGGUCAAGGUCGCCAGGUCUGCCGACUGCAGAGACAAGCCGGCUGGAGUUAGAGGACUUCACUCUCAUGGAGGGGACGUCGGCCUUCACCCCCACGAAGAAGAAGUGUGUGUCAAAAGAGACGCAGCUCUUCACUCCCCUGAGAGAAAAAUUACCGAGAAAUGCAGCCCAGGCCGAGCGUCACGGUUCAGUUUUUUCUACGGGCGAAUGACUUGCAGCCUGGCCGAUACGACGCCAUUACCAUGUCGUCGCAGGCUAGGUCAGAACAGCUCACACGUGAUGCGGGCGGCCCACACGGGACAAGACGGUGGUCUUACACAACAAUCGAGAACAUUCCUUACUUCCAGUCCAAAGGUCAGCCCAGCUUCUUCCCAGUUUCUUCCACUCACAAGAGAACCGUUGCUCCACCAGCAGACGUUACCUGCCCGCCGUUGGCUCAGUUCUCCUGAUGUCUCUUUACCCAGCCUCAACUUAGAACCCGAGGCGUCGCCGGCGCCCUCCCCACACACAUUGAGCUCCGCGCCCUCCCCUAUUAUAUUGAGCUCGGCGCCCUCUCCCAACACACUGAGCCCAGAGAUCAAGCUCGAACCGUGCAUGCUGCAUGUCAAGGGCGACCAACACUCAGAUUACUCCGCCGAUUUCUGCUGCAGCCGCAGCACUUCCCCCGGUGCUUUUUCAGACUCCGCCCUGAAAGAAGACUUCGACACGCGCUCGUGCGUGUCGUACCCCCAGAUGUCUCGCCCGUGCCCGGCCCCAGACAGUUUACCCGGGCAGACGACGCUGAGCCACAGCCUGAUGGAGCUGACCAGGAUGAAGUCCAUCGCCAGCAUCAACCUGACACGCGCCAGCAGCGCGCGCCUAGCUCCGUCCAGCGAGAGCGGCCGGAGGAUCCACGUCAUCAAAUCCGCCCAGUCGGUGCCGGUACUGCCGCGAGAGUCGUCCCCACGUCUGCUGGACGAGUGGCUGACGGCUGUGGUCAAGCACCAAAAGGAAAGUUCCAGCGAGCAAUGGGCUUUCCCAGAGGAUGAACCCAACAGUGUGUUUUCAUUGACGCUGCCCUCUAAAUCCUACCACCCCGCGUGUGAACUUCCUGAAACCACAGACGUAUCAAAUACUCAAAACAUAACCUCCACACAUUCCAAAUCCGAUGUUUGGUCUUUACCUCGCGAGCAGACGGCCAGCCCACACAGACCGAGACCCGACGUGUCUUUGUAUUCAUGUACGUCAUCCUUGAGGGCCUACACUGUGGAAAAACCAGCUGACGUCAGCGAUAAAUGCUGCACGUUCUGCUGCGUGUUCCACAAGGACAGACAAUGCUCCCACGUCCACCACAGCAGCCUGCACGACAGUUCCAGCCAGACAGACUUGACCGCCCUCACAGACCGCCCCAACUCCAGCCCACAGCGCUUCCAAACUUCAGACAUCUCUGGCGGGAAAGGCGCGCAGACGGAACUCUUUGGGUCUGGCAUCAGGAUUUGUGUCACGGAAGAAGAAGGCGUGUUUGAUGACCGGCAGCCGGCGGCGCCUGCUGGGGUAACUCAGGGAGGUGAGUGCCUCGCGCGGGAGGUCACCCUCGCUUCGGGCGCCUCCCCUCACUACAUUUUCCCCAGCAGCGCCCUAGGGUUGGAGGAUGACGCCGGCGCCCUCUUCGCCACCCUCUCGCCCCGGAACAGCGUGGGCAGCAUCUGCAGCAGCCAGUCGUACAAGUCCAGCAACGCCGACUCGGCCGUGGACCUGGGACCGCCGGACGACGACCACGACUUCGAGUACGCGGACUUCCUGGCCCGGCACGACCUGCGUCGGUUCUCCAGCGUCAGUGAGAGGGCGGAGCUUCUGGAGGAACCCAGCGGCGGCGACGUGUUAAACGUCGAGGAGACUCCGACACUUCCAGAACCUUCCGCCCCUGACGCUACGGAUCUCCCCGCCACACGCGCCCCCCUUGUCCCCCUCCGCCGGCUGUCUGUGGGUGAGGCUCACAUGUCUCAGUUUUUCCCAGAGUUGAGCUUUGAGGAUUUAUCCAAACCUAAAUCUCAGUCGUUGGAGAACUUGUCCACAAACCACGAAGGUGACUUUGUACUCAACACAAUCCCAAACCACGGAACUUUCUCAAGGUUUCGUCCGUACAAACCCCAGGACCUGACCUUUGACCUUUCACCCAGUCAACAUACCCUUACAGGGAGAGACAAGGGACAUCCUGACCCCACCCCUCCCUCCUCUCAUCAGACCCAGACCUCAGAGCUUGACCCUCCCCUCCCUGCUGGACACGGGCCGGCAGAAGACCACCCCACCCCCCUACAGUGUACACUGAGGAGACCGCGGCCCCUGCGGGCCAGCCCGCAGCACGUCAUCCCUGAACUCGUCAUCAGUGACCACAGCGAGCCGGCACCGGUCAAGUCGUCCGGCGCCGUCCGGCCCGUCUUUUCUCUCGUGGACGACGAGAACGACGACGAGAACGACGAUGACCUGGAAGACAACAUCGAACUCUUUGCCCCAAUUUCCCCGUCCCCCACCCCCUCCCCCACCCCCGAGUUCGACCUGCUUCAGGUGGACGGGCCGAUGUUCCGGUCAGCGUCCGUGGCCUCCAUCAGCUCGGAGUGUUCCACCUGCUCCACCUGCACCAUCAUGUCUGACACGGAGAGGCCGCGCCAGAGGAAGCCCCAAUCUGCCCUUCACCCAGCCCCAAUCUGCCCUUCACCCAGCCCCAACCUGCCCUUCACCUUAGCCCCAAUCUGCCCUUCACCUUAG